AUAUUUGAAGACUACAUCAUUGAAAGAGUAUUGAUACGUCAAAAUCUGUGUUACCCCGUUUCAGAAUGUUUGUUUGUACUUACAAAAUUGCGUGUCCCUGUGACGAACCUUGAUGCAGGAAAGUAAGAACUACUUUCCAAAACAAUGUAGGACACUAAUGUCGCUUCAAAACUGUCCCACAAGCACUCAAUACCAAAUAUUGUUUAUUACCAACUCUCCUCCUCUUCUCAACACAAGGAAUAUGUUAGCCCUACAGGCAAUUAUGAAAAAUAGAUCUGAAGCAACCUAAGGACAAGUUACGAACCUAUAAGUUGCUAAGACAAAUUGCAGAUCCUCAAACUUCCACACACCCUGUUGCAUAAUGACCAGCAGAACCCGCUUUCACGAACCCAUUCCUUUCAUGAAUACGUUUCAAAUAUUCAGAAAGAGCAUCAGAUUUUUCCUUCUUCAACCUACCUUGUUCAACUCCGCAGCGGUCUUCCUUUUCUCGCCAUAUGCCAUCCUCUUCUUUGCAUCUCGUUUCCUAGAUCACUACGUUCAAGCCGUGGUGUCUUUCUCCACUUCUGAAGCAACCCAUUACAGCUUACUGCAUCGUGAUAUUUAUCUUCCCAAAAAAACGUUCUUGUUGGUCAUAAGCUCCAUCUUUACAGCAGUCAUCUGCCUGCCAUCUUCUCUCACUUUCUCCCUCCUAGCAAAGGCUGCCGCCAUCAAAGCCGUAGCAUCCACUUACAGUGGACCAAACACGCAUGCACAGAGGCAAGCAGCAAGUGGAAGAUGGACUACCUGGUUUAAACUGCUUCAAAUGCAUUUGAGGGAGUUGAUGACUUACACUGCAUUGACAUUCGUAUUCUGCAUCUGCAUGGUAAUGUUAACAACGUUUUGUUUUGCACCAAUGCAUUCCAGGACAGGGAUCACCUGGCUGAUGAUAGGAGUCACUGGGGUUCCAUAUUGCAUCACCUUGGCUAAUAUAACGAUCUUGUAUAACUUGGCAAACGUGUUCACAGUUCUGGAGGUUGACUGCUCUGGCUAUCUGGCCUUUGUUAAGGCCAAGAAUCUGCUACAAGGUAGGAGGCACACAGCUCUUAUGAUGGCUUUGGUCAGUAAAAUUAUCUUAAAGGUUGUUGAGAGCAUAUUCGAGUGUAGGCUGCAUAGAGGAAUAGGGAUAUGUGAAUUUCUCCUGCUAGUAUCGAUGUAUUCUUCAGUUCUUGCCAUGGAGACCACAAUGAAUGCUGUGUUUUAUUUUAGCUGUAAACCCCAGCCUUCAGAGCUUAUUUGACACGAACAUGACUGAAGUCACAGUACAAUGCUCUCUCUCUCUCUCUCAAAACAAACAAAGGACAGCAUGAAACUCUGUACUAAAUUUCUGCAUUCUUCACGAGCCAGAAACAUGAAAACAGGUAACAGAAAAUAAAGGAAACUCCUGCUGUAAGAUCAUUCAAGCAGAGUUUGCUAUCUCAACCAUACAGCAGUCCAGUAGAACCACCAGUCUUUCCUUUUCCUUUUUGACUUUCCAAUUGUCAGUUUUCUGUGAGUGCGGUCUGCUUGAUUCACUAGUCAUGGCUUUUAAAUCAUAACUGAUGUAUGACAGUUUAAGCACCAUUUUUCAGAGAUUUCACAGUUUACACUCAUACAAUGCAGAAAUCCAAAUGGAAGAAUUGAUCCUGAAACCUUAUGAUACCAAAUAAUUCUACAACGCUAAGAUGAUCAAGUGGAGCUGACAAAAAUGCUUUCCCACUGGUAGCUUUUGUAGUCAUGUAGACCAAUGCUAAUCCUGCUGAUUUGUGGAAUGGAAUUUUCUUUCAGAUAAGCCAACAACCUCAACCACAGACCAUACAUUGGCAGGCCUCUGAACGCUGAAAAUACUUUUCCCUCCUGCCCAUGUCCCAGCUUCAACCUUAUAACUGGGGAUGCAUCUGUUGAUUUCAAAGUAGGAAUCUUCCAUCAACUUGUAUAUCAUUCCCAAUUUGCCCCUACCAGGGGCAAAAACUUCCAAGUACUCUGGACC